GCCUUCUAUUCCUUGCAGUCUGUCCCAUCAAAGACAGCGACACCGACUUAUGCUCACUUCUUCUGCUCCUUUCCAUUUACCCCUCAUCGAGCCACUCAUUUCACGCCGCUGGCGUUAUUCUUAAAUAUCUGACCAAGCUUUUCAAUAUGCCCGUCACACUUACCCUCUCCGAAAGGUCUUCUCAAGAGUGGCCCGGCAAGUCCGUCGCCAAAGACGGGAAAGCCCUCUUUUCUCGAACCAGUGCGAUGGACUAUCUUGAAAGCGGGCGAAUUGUCGAGAGCUAUUUCCAGGAAGACGACUUCAAAGACCGCCGCAUCAUAGGCUGCGAGCAUGGGUUCGUCCAAGCAAUAUAUAACGCCUACCGUACUUCUCAUCAUCUCACGAUCCGUCCCGAAGACAUCUGGUUCUCCAUCCUAAGCCAACUAAACGUCUAUUUCAACGCCCAUCCCCAGGCUCUCCCCCACUUCUUUGAUCGAAAGCUUAGAUCAGCCACUCCUGCACUUGAUCUGAGCGCUGAUGAUGGCGACGUGGCGAUCUAUAUGGAACGAGCGCUGGCGAGGCAUAUUACCCACCCGGACCUACGCGCUUGGGCGCUACCAUCGUUCAGUACAACGACCCGGAACGACCGGGUUGUGGCUACUGCGCUGAUGCUGGGAGAUGUCAAAAGAUGCUCUCUGGACGAAAAGCUAAUGGAAUGUAAUAUUCCGUCAGUGACGCUGUUGGGUGAGCGGGAGGAUUGGGGUGCUUUGCUGCACAAGCUCAACAUGAUUGAAAUCUGGGGCGGACCACUGAAGGGCUUUGUCAUCUCCCUUCGUCCGAUACUCCGUCGAUUUGUAACAUCGUUUGAUGGUAACACAUCGGAGGUUACUUACUUCUGGAAAUGUUGCCUUCGCGAGAAUCACCCCCGCGAAUAUUUUAUGCUCGCUGGCUGGAUCACGGCGUUCUGCUUCUGGGGUUAUGAUGGCAAACGCAUCCCACACGUGGAUAGCCGUCAGGAAGGACAGAUUCAGUUCGAUGGACUAGUGUAUCCCCCGCUUAUGGUGACGGCUAUUCCGGCCGCAUAUGUGUCGUUUCCGGUGCCGUUGAUUGGCCAAAGACGCACGACGAGGAUGCUUGCUGGGCUGGUGGGAUUUGAGGUCCUGCCUCAUUCACCGCUCUUGCAUCAGCGCUGGGAUAGACUACAACCAACCUCAGGGUGGUGGAUAUAUGAGGAGACACCAACAUUUCCUCGUCUGAGCUUCUCUUAAAUUUCGGUGCU